AAGGCCAAUAGAAUAGGGCAGGAGGCGGGCUUUCCUGAGAGGGACCAAUCGAACUGGUCGAGGGGCGGAGCGUCAACGUCGUCAGGCCCAGACCGCCGCCGCGGGGCCUGGUUAUCGCCGGUCCAGCGCAGCCCGGAGUCGCCCAGGCCUGAACUCCUACCCAGGUCCCCAGACCGGCCCCAGCGGCCCGACCCGGCCCCGGGCCCGCGAGAGAGCGGAGGCCAUCCCGCAGGGGUGGGGAGCGGAGCCGCGGGUCAGCUCUGCGAGCGCCCGCGCUGGCCUGUCCGGCCCCGCCCCCGCCCCGGGCCAUGGCCCAGCCCUUGUCCCGGCGCCUCGUCCUAUCCCAAUCCAGACCUUGGCCCCCGGCCCCGCCCUUGCCCCGCUUCCCAAAUGGGUCCCGGCCCAGGCCUGGGUCCCAGCGAAUGCCCAGAUCCGGGUCCCAACCCAGGCUCCCCCUCCAGUCCCAGUCCCUGGCCUGGCCCCCAUCCCCGCCUCUGGCCUUGUUCCACCUCCUGUCACAAAUCCCAGCACAACCCGUAUCUCAAACCCAUUCCCAGUGUUUGCUUAAGUCCCGGGCCCAACCCCUGCCCUUGCUCCAGUCCUCAUCACGGCCCCUUCUUCCAUCCCAUUCGCUUCCCUUGUUUAAGCCCCAGUGUCCAGCCCAGUCCAACCCAUUAUCUGAGCCUUUGCCCUCAUCUCUGUGUUUACCCAAGUCUCUCCCACUACCCACCCCUCUCUCUCAUACCCUGCCCCUCUCCCAGCCUCGAGUCAGGUCUGGGCUCCAGCUGCCGCCAGCCCUGUUGCUGCUCUUGCUCUUCUCUGUCCUUGGCCCAGGGGCUGGAGGCCUCUUCCUGACCGACUACUCCACCUGCUCACCCCGCAAGCUGAGUCCCUUCCGUUCCUUUGCCAGCGCUGAGCUCUUCCACUUCCACGUUCCUGAGGAUACGUUCCUGGCUGUUUGGAACCUCAUCAUCUUCAAGGAGCAGGGGGGGACCUUUGGGGACCACUGCCCAGACCAAAGUGUGACUGUGUAUUUCCGGUCUGGUGCACCCCCUGUCAUCAAUCCUCUGCACACACACUUCCCAGGGGACACGGCUGUGCCUGGGGUUUUCUCACUGACUCUCAGCUGGACGCUGCCCAACCGCACCUCGGGCAUCUUUAACGUCAGCAGCCCCUUACCUGGGGACUGGUUCUUGGCUGCCCACCUUCCCCAGGCCCACGGCCACAUCUCUGUCAAGGGUCUCCAGGAUGAGUGUCAGUACCUCCUUCAGCCGCAGCUGAUUGUCCGUCGUUUGCUGGACGUCGCCGUGCUGGUGCCUGGCCGUCCCUCAGAGCAAACCCUCUCUCCCCACAACCGCUCAGCCCUGUACAAGGUCUUUGUGCCCAGCUUCACUUACAGGGUUUCAGCACAGCUGGUGUGCGUGGGGGGCCGUGGGGCAUCCACCUGCCCCGUGACACUGCGCCUACGUCCCAAGGCCCCACCCCUGCACAACUCAAGCUCUAUGGCCUGUGGCGGUGCCUCCAUAUGUCAGCUGGAGCUGGCACUGCCCCCCUGGGGGCACUGGGUCUACGUGCGUGUGGAGACACCAUCCCGGGGCCCUGGCAGGACCAUCCGCUUCCAGCUGUGUGUGCGGUUGCAAGAGUGCCCGCAGCCCAGCCUGUCCCGUGCCCUGGUCCCCGGAGCUGCCAUGAACAUGCCCCAGUCCCUGGGCAACCAGCCACUGCCCCCAGAGCCGCCAUCCCUUGGGGCCACUGUGGAGGGGGCUGGGGCCACAUCUCUGCCCGAGCACUGCUGGCCAGUGCGCCCGACGCUGCGCAAUGAGCUGGAUGCCUUCUCCGUUCACUUCUACAUCUUCUUUGGCCCCAGCGUGGCCCUGCCCCCUGAGAGGCCUGCCGUGUUCGCCCUGAGGUUGCUGCCAGUGCUGGACAGCGGAGGCGUCCUCAGCCUGGAGCUCCAGCUUAAUGCGACGCCCCUUCCAUUUGCUCCUGUGGAGAUCCAGUUUCUUUUCCUCCUGGCUGGGUUGCUACAUUUAAUUCCUCAGGUGUUCUGUUACCAUGCUCAGUACCUGGGAUCAUCUCACCUGAGGAACAGUGGCCAGAGCUCCCUGCACCAGGAAAACGUGACAGUGUUUGCAUGCCUGACUCACGAGGUGCCCUUGAGCCUGGGGGAUGCAGCCGUGACCUGUUCCAAAGAGUCCCUCGCCGGCUUCCUCCUUUCGGUCAGUGCCACCUCCAGAGCGGCCAGGCUGCGGAUUCCCUUCCCGCAGACGGGGACCUGGUUCCUGACCCUCCGCUCGCUGUGCGGGGCGGGGCCUCGGUUCGUGCGGUGCCGGAACGCGACGGCCGAGGUGCGGCUGCGCACCUUCCUGUCCCCGUGCGUGGACGACUGCGGGCCCUACGGCCAGUGCAAGCUGCUGCGCACGCACAACUACCUGUACGCGGCCUGCGAGUGCAAGGCCGGGUGGCGGGGCUGGGGCUGCACCGACAGUGCCGAUGCUCUCACCUACGGAUUCCAGCUGCUGUCCACACUUCUGCUCUGCCUGAGCAACCUCAUGUUUUUGCCGCCUGUGGUCCUGGCCAUUCGGAGCCGAUAUGUGCUGGAAGCUGCUGUCUACACCUUCACCAUGUUCUUCUCCACGUUCUAUCAUGCCUGCGACCAACCAGGCAUUGUGGUUUUCUGCAUCAUGGACUACGACGUGCUGCAGUUCUGUGAUUUCUUGGGCUCCUUAAUGUCUGUGUGGGUCACUGUCAUUGCCAUGGCUCGUUUACAGCCUGUGGUCAAGCAGGUGCUGUAUUUGCUGGGGGCUAUGCUGCUGUCCAUGGCUCUGCAGCUUGACCGGCAUGGACUCUGGAACCUGCUUGGACCCAGUCUAUUCGCCUUGGGGAUCUUGGCUACAGCCUGGACAGUGCGCAGCGUCCGCCGCCGGCACUGCUACCCACCCACGUGGCGCCGCUGGCUCUUCUACCUGUGCCCGGGCAGCCUCAUUGCCGGCAGUGCCAUCCUACUCUAUGCUUUCGUGGAGACCCGAGACAACUACUUCUACAUUCACAGCAUUUGGCACAUGCUCAUCGCUGGCAGUGUGGGCUUCUUGCUGCCCCCUCGUGCCAAGACUGACCACCGGGUCCCAUCUGGAGCCCGGGCCCGGGGCUGCGGUUACCAGCUGUGCAUCAAUGAGCAGGAGGAGCUGGGUCUUGUGGGCCCGGGAGGGGCUGCUGUCAGCAGCAUCUGUGCCAGCUGAGUGGGGCUUGGGGCCUGGCCCUUGGGGAACAUGAGCUCUUCCUUGGGGCAGAGAGCCCUUCCUGCAUUCUUCUGGGGAGCCUGGAGCCCUUCCAGGGACAAGAGACAAGUUGCAUUUCUUGAGGACAUGGAGUCUUUCUUAAGGACAUGGAACUCUUCCAGGGACCUGGCACGCUUCCCAAGGGCCUGAAGUCCCACAUCCAUGGAGUCUUCUUAAGGACUGGAGCCUGUGCAGGGCCACAGAGCUCCCUCAGGACCGAGGAGUCCCUCCUCGGGGUAUGGACCCCUUCCCAGGGAUGUGGAGCCCUCCUGAAGACAUGGACCCCUUCCCAGGGAGACAAAGCCCUCUCAGGAGCAUGACAUUGUUCCUGAGGAAAUGGAGUCCAUAUUGGGGAAACUGAGUCUCCAGAUCUUCCCAGCAGCUCAGCAAGCCUGGCCUCAGGCUUCCUUCCCAGAGGCAUCGACAGAGAUGUGCUGUGCUGGGAGUGGGGGUCGCAGGACAGAUGGGUCUGGGACGGCUGGCAUCCUGACUUGAUGCAGGCGGAGUCUGGUGUGUCUCCAAUGAAGUAUUUACUGGUUC